AUGCUCGAGCCGCUGCCAGAUGGCCGCGUGUUGGCGCACUUCGCGUUCGAAAGCCGGCUGCGGGAAAUGCGGCCAACGGGAGAAACGCGAGGAACGCGAGGAGCGGAAGGAGGGGAAAGUUCCGCGGAUACGGUUCUGUUCCCCCCGGCCAUCCUGCACCUCGUAAGCCGCGUGGCCAUGGGAGGAUCCGCGCGCCGAUGCCGGCUGCUCUCCCCACGAGUGCAAUCCUUGAGCGUGCGCCAUUUCUUGCUCUCUCUCACACACGGCAACUGGGACGUGCAGCAAUGGGGUACCCCCUCCUCCUCCUCCUCCUCCUCCUCCUCCUCCUCCUCCUCCUCCUCCUCCUCCUCCUCCUCCUCCUCCUCCUCCUCCUCCUCCUCCUCCUCCUCUCUCCCCCCUCCCCCGCCUCUCUCACACCAAGAGUACGACGUCAGGCCGCCAGGGGCGGAGCUGGUAGCGUGGAUGGGCGGAGAAGGCGGGAGUGAGCUGGACGCCACGUGGCACAACCUCACCGACGCCCUGGCAGGGCUGUUCUGUGCCUCGCUCAACUUCCUGCAAUCCCCCUUCUCCGUCGUCUCUCCCGCUCUUCACUUCCACACCCCCUUCCCUCUCCCCGCAAACCACACCCACUCACCAUCUCAACCCCAAUCCUCUUCCUCCGCCUCCUCCUCGCCACCGCCGGACCAGCCGCCGGGCCUGCACGUGAGGUACGGGAGCAUGGCUCGGGAGCCAGUGUGCACGGAGAACCUGACGCCGUGGCUGAAGCUGCUGCCGUGCCGUGACGCGGCAGGCCUCUCGUCUCUCAUGGACCGCGGGGCCGUGUUUGGCGGCCGCUACCACUCCAUGCACACUGCCGUGUGGACCCAUGUGUGCGAUGAGGGUAGUGUGGUCGAGGAGGGGAGUGUGGGAGAGGGAGGGAGUGUGGGAGAGGGAGGGAGUGUGUGUGGUGUUGCUGAGAAAUCCUCUUCCUCAUCCUCUUCAUCCUCCUCCGCGACUUCCCCCUACAUCUCCCCCGCCACGCCUGCCUGUGCCAGUGUGACAUGGGCUGUGGUGCUGCACCAGUCGCUCACAGUCGUGCUCGAUGCCUCCACUGAGAACGCCCUUGCCGCCGCUGCAGCUGCAGCUGCCACCAAACCCGUCCCCUCUGCUCCUUCCAAUUCAGCAGGUGCAGCGGCAAAAGAGGGGCUUGAUUUGAGUGAUGUGCUUCCGCUGCCGCCUGAUUGGAGCGUGGGUGCGCUGUUUGGGCGGCAGCUGACGUCAGUGUGUCCCCUUGCCACGUCAACUGACGUGGCAAUAAGAGUGCCGUCCGGUCUCCUCUGCCCCGCGGCUCAACUCAGUGCUGGUGCAGCAGGAGGUGCUGCCGCUGUUUCUGCCACUGCUGCUACUGUUAACGCUGCUGCUGCCACUGCUGCUGCCUGUAAUAGAGGUGACAGUGACAGGAGUGCCUCUAAAGUGGGGUGGGCGACUUUCCUCAGGAGCAAUGCAGUGUUUGGCCUUGAGGGGAAGUGGAGGGUGAGAGUGCAGGAGAGAGAUGGUGCUGUGCCGUCAGGGGAUUCAAGUGCAGAAGACAUGGGGGGAAUGGGGGGCGUCAGGGGAAUGGGGGGCGUGAGGGGAAUGAGGGGCGUGCAGCAAGUGGAAGCAGUGCUGCUGCAUCGUGACAUGCGCCGCCAUCAAGGGCAUGCCUCUACCUCUGCCUCUGGCGCUGAUGCAGCUGCUGCCCAUGUUGCUGAUGUGGGUGACGUGGCAGCGGUCAGCUCGGCAGGCAUUCACUGGAAGCGGCGCGUAGCGUGGCAGCGGCGGCCGGCGCUGUUUGUCCUUUCCCGGUUCACCACAGGCACAGGAGACGCCCUGGGGGGGCUGACGUUCCUCAUACAGAGAGCGCGAGGAGCAGGGAGCGGUGCACGAGAAUGUGGUUCUAAAGUAAAUAAUGAUUCUGCCAACACAGGGAGUCAGAGCGGGGAGUGUAGAAGCGGCACAGUGAGCGACACAGGGAGCGAUGCAGGGAGCGACACAGGGAGCGAUGCAGGGAGCGACACAGUGAGCGUGUUCCAGGCGGUGCCCUGGUGGCUGAAGCUGUACCUGCACACGCUCUCUCUCUCCUUCGACCACCGCCCUGUCAGCCUGAGGGACAGCAGUGCGGUUGUAGCGGCGCGGCUACAGCCGACGAGGGAGAGAGGCCCGCCCGCUGUGCUGGAGCUGCUGCUGCGCGUGCCAAGAGAGGUGUCUCGCGUUACAAUCACACUGCAGUACAGAAAGGCCUUUCUGACGGUCUUUGAAACGCCGCCUGAUGCCAGCAGGGGAGUCGAUCUUCCCGCUGCCCUCCUCACCGUGCCCUCGGGUCCAAGCCACAUGUAUGUGCCACCGGUGGUGGUGCCGCUGCCGCUGCCAGACCUGAGCAUGCCGUACAACGUCAUCACUCUCACCUGCACUCUGCUCGCCAUCGUGCUCGGGUCACUCUUUAACACGCUGCGAUACCGCCCCUCUGCCGCUGGUGAGUCUGGUGGGUGUUGGCGUGUACCAUUGCUUGGUGCAAGCUCAAGCGUUGCCGCAUGGGCGCAGAUCUACGGGCUAGACAACUCCUCGUCGCUGCUUCCCCCGCCCUCUCCGCUCCCCUUUCCGCCCGCCGUUCCCCCCGCGCCCCACCUGGAGGACUGCUCCGCGCGCACCGCCUGGCGCCACGCGUCAGAGGCGCGCGGACCAGGGGGGGAGCCGCCCUUAUGGGCGCGCGGACGGGGGGAAGGGGGAGCAGCAGGAGAACCGGCGCAUGUGGGCGCGGAAGGGGGUGCGGAAGGGGGAGGGGAGGGGUGUACGGAGGGGCCGCUCCCGCCUUGGGUGAGGGGUGCUGACGUGGACAACCUGCCACUGACACGUGUCGCGCAGAGAGACAUCUGGGAGAGCCAGCGAAUAGGAGCGUCGUGUGAGGGGCGGCGCCUGCUGCUGGCUCGCUGGUGGCCGGGUGAACGCCACGGCUUGGGCUCUCAGGUGAGCGGUCAGGUGCAUUUUCAGGUGCACCUGGCGGGGGCGUAUCUAAGCAUAGCCAUGGCUCACAGUCGCACCUUGGUGCCCUGGCCUGGGCAGUUCGACCGCGCCCUCCUCCCCGCCUGCCAAGACCUGGCCCAGCGGGGGUCAUGGGAGUGUUUCUUCUUCCCCGUCGUCUCUUCUGAUUGCACACAGACAGCACAGCAAGCCCUGGCGGCGGGUGCCGUGCCGUCGUGCGCCACUAGUGGCUUCAAGGCAGCAGCAGCGUCGGAUGCCCCUAUUGUGUGUGUGGAGCUGCAGCAGCUGGGGGAGCUGUACAUGAUGGAAGGCAGUGAGGCGGCCAGCGUGGGGGAGUGUGUGAGCGUGGGGGAGUGUGUGAGCGUGGGGGAGUGUGUGAGCGUGGGGGAGUGUGUGAGCGUGGGGGAGUGUGUGAGCGUGGGGGAGUGUGUGAGCGUGGGGGAGUGUGUGAGCGUGGGGGAGUGUGUGAGCGUGGGGGAGUGUGUGAGCGUGGGGGAGUGUGUGAGCGUGGGGGAGUGUGUGAGCGUGGGGGAGUGUGUGAGCGUGGGGGAGUGUGUGAGCGUGGGGGAGUGUGUGAGCGUGGGGGAGUGUGUGAGCGUGGGGGAGUGUGUGAGCGUGGGGGAGUGUGUGAGCGUGGGGGAGUGUGUGAGCGUGGGGGAGUGUGUGAGCGUGGGGGAGUGUGUGAGCGUGGGGGAGUGUGUGAGCGUGGGGGAGUGUGUGAGCGUGGGGGAGUGUGUGAGCGUGGGGGAGUGUGUGAGCGUGGGGGAGUGUGUGAGCGUGGGGGAGUGUGUGAGCGUGGGGGAGUGUGUGAGCGUGGGGGAGUGUGUGAGCGUGGGGGAGUGUGUGAGCAUGGGGGAGUGUGUGAGCGUGGGGGAGUGUGUGAGCGUGGGGGAGUGUGUGAGCGUGGGGGAGUGUGUGAGCGUGGGGGAGUGUGUGAGCGUGGGGGAGUGUCGCCAUGCGUCUCUAGGGCUUCCGAGCAGCAGCAGCGCCGGAUGCCCCUAUUGUGUGUGUGGAGCUGCAGCAGCUGGGGGAACUAUUCAUGGAGCAGUGCAGCUGUGGGGAUCUGCAUAUCUGGCCACACCACCCACGGUGGAGCACUGGGGGAAGAUGCAAGGCAUGUCGACCAAUGAGAGCAUGGUGAGAGGCAUGACCCACUGGUGGCGUGCGCAGGCCACGCGCUUCAUGCUGCGCUGGCCCUCCGCGCAUCUCUGCCAUGUCAUCAACCAGCAGCGCCACGCCGCGUUCGGCAUGCUCGUGGCCAAUCAGCUCGCAACGUUCAUCCCAACCCAGACCGCCUUCCUGCGUGGCCUCUCAGCCAGCAACGCCAUCACAGAGAGUCAAUACCUGCUGCUCUCCAGCAUGGACGAUUACUCCUCCUUUCUCCCUCCCCCCACCUUCCCAAUCCCCUUCUCAGAUGCUUCUUUUUCCUCCUCCUCCUCCUCUUCCUCUGCUUCAGCCCCCUCACCAUCUGUCUCCCCAACAGCACAACCACUACUGCCCACACCAGAGACAGCACCUGAGGUACCAGCAGCAGCAGCAGCAGCGGAGGUGCCACAGGGCGAGUCAUCACCCCCUCCCGUGCGCUCGCUGCACGGCUGCGUGUGGCCCCAGCGCGGCUUCCCCGCGCCCCCUUGCUCCGCUGCUAGCUGUGCCCCUGCUGCCGGCUGCAACACUGGUGAAAGCAGCAGCAGCAGAGAGGAAAGCAGGGAGGUGGGAGCGGAGGAAGCGUACAGGAUGGUGGGGGGGGAGGUGCGCAUGCCAGGGGGCAUGGUGAGUGUGCAUGUGCGGCUGACAGACAAGCGCAGUGAGAUGCAACUCGCCUCCUUCCACUCCCACAUGUUCCUCUUGCACAGACUCAAGCUGUCCCGGCCCGAUCUUCAACAUGUGUGGCUCAACACGGAAGCACAGUCGGUGAUUGAUGCCACGUCUCUCUAUCCUGAUUGGACCUUCUUCUACUCCAAUAACACCCGUCAAAGCGACAUCUCAGCACCACAGCAAGAACAACAAGGGGAAGAGGUCCUGUGGGCAUAUGAUAGUGAGCAAUCAGUGGCAGUCAGCUUCGCUAGCUUGCUGAUUGCUGCACAGUGCGAUUUUUUUGUUGGGUCGCUAGGAUCAAAUUGGAGCCGUCUAAUCAACGAGCUCAGAUCCACCAAUGGCAGACUGUUGGCUGGGUUUCUGGCCCUCAAUUUUGGUGAAUAUUGA